AGAAUUUGUAACAUCCACUCCCUCCCUAUCCUUCUCUCUUCUCUCUCCGUUUCCUUUAUCAUAUUCUCUCUCAUUUCAAUGGCUUCUGCUUCCUUUUCUGAUCCUACUCUCUCCACCAAGAAGAAGAGGACAAAUGGGUCGGCGAAACUGAAGCAAAUCAAGCUUGAUGUUCGGCGUGAACAAUGGCUUUCUCGAGUCAAAAAAGGAUGCAAAGUUGACUCAAAUGGAAGUGUUGAUUAUUGUCCAUCAUCUACGCUCGUUGCCAGUGAGGAGAAUCGAUCAUCGUACGAGGAAAACGUGAGAAAAAGAGGAGAGGCUAUUGAAGGCUCUUGCAUCCAGGGCGUUGACACGGGAUCCAUGACAAACAGCCCCAUGCAAAGUACUUUUGAUCAUGAUGAGUCACCAAAUGAUUUCUCCGAGAGGAGUACCAGCAGUAGCAGCAUGAGCACUUGUUUCUCAGGGAAUGUCAGCGAGGAAGAAGAGGAUGAUGGAUGCCUUGAUGACUGGGAAGUUAUUGCUGAUGCGUUAUAUGCAAAUGAUAAUGUGCAUUCCGUGGUUUCAGAGUCUCCUGCAGAGCAUGAGAUGAAGUAUUCCUAUGAUGUUUCAGAGGCUACUAAGAAUCCUAGAGUAGAUUUAUCAAAAAAAGAGUUCACAUCGGAUAUUCCUGAAUCGAAUCUGAACUGUCGAGCAUGGAAACCUGAUGAUGCUCUUCGUCCUCAGUGUUUGCCCAACCUCUCCAAGCAACAUAAUUCUCCAUUAAAUUCAAACUGGCACGGUAACCACAAAAAUGUACCUUGGGCAUGGCAAACAAUCAUUUCUCAACCUUCUCAAUGUCCCAUCUGUUAUGAGGAUUUAGAUGUGACAGACUCAAGUUUUCUUCCUUGUUCGUGUGGAUUUCAUCUCUGCCUUUUUUGUCACAAAAAGAUCCUUGAGGCAGAUGCGCGAUGUCCAGGCUGCAGAAAGAUAUAUGAUCAUGUAGAUGGAAAUGUUGGAUUCAACAUAGGAGCAGAAGCUUUCUACAUCACUCAAUGAUGCAGUAUGAAAACAGGUUGCUAGAUCUUAGAAGACAGAUUGUGUUUCUAGAAAACAUGUUGUAAAUGUUUUUUUUCUCUUAUCACUUAAUUCAUAGCCCUUCACCCCUCCCCUUGUUUCAAUCUAUUGUCCCCUUUCUGAAUUUAAAAGAUCAAAUUUCAUUGAGAAUAUGAGUGUAGUGACUAGGUAGAAGGUUUUAGAUAAUCAAAAGGUAGAGGUUUGAUUUGCAUUACCAUGGUUUUUUUGUCAUA